AUGGCCUCACUUUCAUUGACCCCAAAUGGUCAGGCUUUGGCUCGUGGUGAAGACGUGGAUGCCUUGGCAGCAGCUGCAGGGGUGACAGUGCCUGCCACCAAGAAGGGUCCAGCAGCUAUGUCCAAGCAGCCUAUCGUUCCCAAGGCACCAGAGACCACUGAGACAACACCUUGUCCAGUCCCAAUUCAAACGGAAGAGGUGAAGCCGCCAGAGGCAAUUCCUCGUGCCGAAGCUGUGGUCAAAGCUGCCCCACAGCCGCCUGUGCCGCAGGAGACCCCAGCGGAAGAGGAGGAUGAGGAUGACUUCCCAGGGCUUGGUGGUGCUGAAAUGGCCAACCGUGGCUUUGGUCGAGGUCGACCCAUGGGAAGGUUCUCCGAGGGCCCCUUCCUGGGCCGCGGCAUGGGUCGUGGCAGAGCCUUAGCGCCUCCACCUGGCCUGCAGGGAUUACACCUGUCUGGCAGUCAACGACUGCCUGCCACGUUGUCCCGGCCCUGGAUGGUUGGACCUCCUAUCCCAGAGGAUGAAGACGUGACCACCACGCCGCAAAAUGCGCCCUGGCCAGAGCCGCAGCAUCGCUGGUCCUCCAUACCAUCAUUGGACCUGCCCCAGAGUACGUCACAGAGGCGAGCGUGGGCUGACAUGGACAGCGGUUCCGAGGUCAGUUACAGCGAGCUCAAGGGGGGCCAGAUGAGCUACGUGCCUACACCGAAGCAGAAGUGGUCGAAGACGCCGUCGCCUCCCAGCUCUCCUGCGGGCCCAUUGAUGACCUUCGGACUACCGGAUGCCUUGACACUGCAAUCGCUGCCGUGCAGCGUCCCUUCUGCCAUCGGCCCACUGGGGAUGAACCCAGCCGUUAAGGACGGGCCUGACCAGAAUGACUACGUGAUUCCGGUCUAUGUGACGGUACCCAUCGCAGUGGCUAAGUGCUGCCCGCAUUGCGGAAAACAUUUUGCUGAGAUGCCACCCAGGGAGGAUUUACCUGGCGGUUGA